CCAAUAAUGCGCCAUUACCAAAUAUAAUUGAGCAGUUGCAAUAUUCAAAUUUCUCUGGCUUUUAUGGACCUCAAUCUUUUCUUCACUCAUUCUCCUCUGUAUUGCAUUUGCACACACAACACAACACUGAGGUGACGUUUCUUCACGAGCAAUGAAUGAAUGACAUUUGAUUUUUGAAUGCACCUCCGAACCCUAGAAUUCGGCUUUUCAAUUUCCCCCUUUCUCCAAUGGCAACCGCGGCAUUCAAAUCCACCACCAAGAGAAUCCCCGUCGGAGCUUCCUCCGCCGACGACUCCGCCUCCUCCUCCUCCCUCCUUCACCGCCGCUCCCGGAGCCUCAGCCGUCCCGCCCGCCCCUCCUUCCCCUCCCGCAACGACGACGACAGCGGCGGCGAUCGCCGAACUCCGAGAGGCAGGUUCGUCAACACUGUCCGCGGCUCCGGCUUCCCGGAGAUCAGCCUCGACGAUCUCGCCAUCGAGUUCUUCGAGUCCGCCAAUCGCGGCCGCUUCGGCUCGAGAACGUCCGAGUCCGAGGCCAGUCCCGCCGACGCCGGCGCCGCUGCGUCGCAGCGGCGAGGGAGGUCGGUUUCGAGGAAAAUCUCCGGCGUAGGCGAUGAUAGAAGAAGCAGUAUUGGCGGUGGCGGCGGGGUAAGACCGUUCUCCGAUGCGAAUUCGAGAAGGAGGAGAUCGGUAUCGGUGGUUCGGUACCAAAUUAGCGAUUCUGAGAGUGACCUGGACCGUUCUCAGAAUUCUAAAAGUCGUUCAAAUCUGAAAAAGACUGAUGUUGGAAACAAGCUAAUGCACAAACCUGUCGCUUCAGAUCAAAGACCAGUGCUAAGAAAGUCCCUAAGCCAGAAGGAUUUAAGGGCAUAUGAUGGUUACUCUAGUCAUUCUUCAGUUCUCACUGAUGAUGAAGGAACAAGUGCUCACUCUAAUAAAAUGGGAAUUGGGAAACUACGAUCAGUUUAUGCACAUAAAAAGGUGGCACUUACUGACACAGAUAAAGGAUCCCACAAAGCAAAGCAAAAAGAAUUAAGGCAUAUGGAAACUGAGCAGGCUGUGGUGAAACCAAGGACCUCCACUUUAUCCGCAGUUGAUUGCUUGUUAUCAAACAACUCUGAUGCUAUUCAGGCUGUUUCUUCAAUGAGAAGGAGUUAUGAAACUGAACUGGAGAAGUCAGAGAAGCGGAAACAAGAAUUAUUAGCUGAAAUGGUGUUUGAGGAGCAGCGAGGCAGAGAACUUUCUAAGAUUGUUAAUGAAUUGGUUCCUUCUAAGGAGGACAAUCCUAUACAAAAUCCAUCAAGAGCCAGGAAGAGAAGUAAUGACAGAAGCCGAAUGUCUAUGCGCUUGACUGAGGAGGCUGAGAAAUAUAUUGAGGAUUUUAUUUCAAAUGUUGAAGAUACAGAUAUUUCAUCAGUUGAUGGUGAAAGGAGUGAUGCAAGCUCAUCCAUUGGAGGACUAAUAAAACCAGAAACAUUUAAUAGUCCUCCAGUGCCAAGAUCUCUUCCUGUUUUGACGGAUGGGGUUACAUUGCCAUGGUUGCAAUGGGAGACAAAUAAUGAUGCUUCUCCUAUGACAAGCCAGAAUAAGGCACGUAUGACGAUCACUCCAAAAACUGAAAAUAUCAAAGUGCAAGAUCAAGGUAACAAUUCUAUAAGCAGUCGUGGAAGCUGGAGCCCGGAUUACCUUCAGGAGUAUGUUGGAAAGGAUGUAUACAGUAAAUUAGGAGAAGGUUAUGGUUACCCAGACCAGUCAUUCUCAGCUAAAUCCAAAGGAUUGAGGUAUGAUAUGGAUGAUUACCUCAAAGUUAAAAGCAAUGAAGAUUUGUUGAUUGAGAGUUGGAAGCAACGGAGGAGAAUUAAUUCAGGCAGUCUCUUAUUGUGUAGCCUAAGAUUAUUUUAGACAUUCUGUUUUUGAAGAAUGGUAAUUCCUUCUUCUCCCCUGGUAUGAAUUCUAUGUACAGAUAAUUGCAAUUUAUCUAUUUAUGUUUCCAUAUAUAAGUUGAUAAACGAUAUGCAUAAUGUGCGGAAGCCUUCCUUUUUGGGGAUUAAAAUGUGUUGCAUAAUUUAUUUA